AUGUGUAUAGUACCGAUCCGACACAACCAAACACCAGAGAUCGGACACAACCUAACACCAGAGAUCAGACACAACCUAAAACCAGAGAUCAGACACAACCUAACACCAGAUAUCAGACACAACCUAAAACCAGAGAUCAGACACAACUUAACACCAGAUAUGAGACACAACCUAAAACCAGAGAUCAGACACAACCUAACACCAGAGAUCAGACACAACCUAUCACCAGAGAUCAGACACAACCUAAAACCAGAGAUCAGACACAACCAAACACCAGAGAUCAGACAUAACCUAUCACCAGAGAUCAGACACAACCUAACACCAGAGAACAGACACACCAGAGAUCAGACACAACCUAACACCAGAGAUCAGACACAACCAAACACCAGAGAUCAGACACAACCUAACACCAGAGAUCAGACACAACCUAACACCAGAGAUCAGACACAACCUAACACCAGAGAUCAGACACAACCUAACACCAGAGAUCAGACACAACCUAACACCAGAGAUCAGACACAACUUAACACCAGAGAUCAGACACAACCUAACACCAGAGAUCAGACACAACCUAUCACCAGAGAUCAGACACAACCUAACACCAGAGCAGGCCCUAACUUAAUCCCGGGUUUACUGUCGGGGUUUUCCUGGGGUUUAAUCUGA